AUGGCUGUCAAGAAGCACAAGUACGAGUUUGGAGGCCCUCCGGGAGCCUUCGGCAUUGUAUUCGGACUCCCCGUUCUUCUGUGGACUUUCUUCUUUGUCUGCAAUGACAAGUCUGGAUGUCCUGCUCCUUCGACCCUCAGCCCUCGAACGCUGAGCUUGGAGAAGUUGAAGGCUGAAAUUCCCUGGCCUGCUGAUGGCAUCUGGGGAUUCUGCAGCUGGGAAGUCUUCGGCUGGACACUGGCCUACUACUUCCUGAGCUUGGUCCUUCAUGUUGUUCUUCCCGCUCAGGAGGUUCUUGGAACCAAGCUGAGAGAGUCCGGUCGUCCUCUGAAGUACCGCUUCAAUGCUUUCAGCGCCACUGUCUUGCAGCUGGCAGCUCUUGCUGUCGGAACUUACAUGAAGGGUGCCGACUUCGUUGUCUGGACUUACAUCUCAGACAACUACCUCCAGCUCCUGACCGCCAACAUCAUCAUUGGCUACCUGCUGUCUGUGUACUGCUACGUCUGCAGCUUCAGCGUGAAGCCCGGCAACACCGAAAACCGUGAGCUCGCCGUCGGCGGCAACACCGGCAGCCUCAUCUACGACUUCUACAUCGGCCGUGAGCUGAACCCCCGCGUCACCCUGCCCCUGUUCGGCGAUAUCGACAUCAAGACCUGGUUCGAGUUCCGCCCUGGUCUGACCGGCUGGAUCAUCCUUAACCUCGCCUUCUGCGCCAAGCAGUACCGCAACUACGGGUACCUGUCCGACAGCAUCAUCUUCACGACCGCUGUGCAGGCUUACUACGUUCUCGAGGGCCAGUACUAUGAGGCCGGCGUCCUUACCAUGAUGGAUAUCAUCACUGACGGCAUGGGCUUCAUGUUGUCUUUCGGCGACAUUGCCUGGGUUCCCUUCCUCUACUCCACUCAGACCCGCUACCUUUCCAUCUACCCUGUGCACCUGGGCUGGACUGGUAUCGCAUCCGUCUUUGCCGUGUUCGCCACUGGCCUGUAUAUCUUCCGCUCUUCCAACACCCAGAAGAAGCUCUUCCGCACGCAGCCUGACCACCCCAGCGUCAAGGGCAUGCCCUUCAUCCAGACCAAGCGUGGCACGAAGCUGCUCACUGGAGGCUGGUGGGGUAUGUCGCGCCACAUCAACUACUUUGGUGACUGGCUCCAAGCCUCACCGUUCAGCGCACCCACGGCUAUCGCUGGAUACAUCAUUCUUCCCGCUGGCAGUGCUGUUUCUGGUGCGAUCACUAUGCUUGACGGACGCGAGGUGAUUCAGGGUGCGGCUCGUGGCUGGGGCAUGAUCUUCACUUAUUUCUAUGUGUUGUAUUUUGCUAUCCUUCUCAUUCAUCGUGAGGGACGCGAUGAUGUGGCUUGCUCUGAAAAGUAUGGCGAGGACUGGGAAAAGUACAAGAAGACUGUGAAGUGGAGGAUUCUCCCCGGCGUUUACUGA